AUGCAUAAAUAUCAUUUCAAUGUUGCUAUGUCCUGUUCAGGCUGUUCAGGUGCUGUUCAAAGAGUCUUGGCUAAAUUAGAUGGAGUCAAAGAUACCAAUAUUUCCUUGGAAAGUCAAACUGUUGAUGUUACCACUGAAGAUUCUCUCGAUUAUGAUACUGUCUACAAUACUAUUUCCAAGACUGGUAAGAAGAUCCACUCUGGUGAAACCCUUGAAUAG